AUGGCAUCCGGCGAGUCGAAUGUUCAACGUCCUUGGUUUGAGGCGUAUCCGCCACCGAAGACUUCAAAGCCCAAGACCGUGACAAAAGAGGAACUCCGCCACUGGUUCCUUGCAGGGCAGAAACCGGGCAAAGACUUCAUCCUUGUCGAUGUCCGUCGCGACGAUCAUGAGGGCGGAACGAUCAGAGGCGCAAUCAAUCUCCCAGCACAGAGCGUAUACGCAUCCAUCCCCACCUUGUACGCACUGUUUGAAGCAGCGGGGGUUAAAAAGACAAUAUGGACAUGCACAACUUCUCGCAAGCGAGGCAACCUGGUGGCCGGGUGGUUUGCGGACUUCAUUAACGAGAAGGGUGAUUCGGACAUGCAGAGCUAUGCGCUUUUUGAGGGAGUUCUGGGCUGGGCUACCGCUGGCGAGGAGUUUACUGACUUGAUGGAGGAAUACGACGAGCAUGUGUGGCAGAGAGACCACUCCAGCCACUGA